CAACAUCUGAAAAAAGCGAAAAUUACCAACUUGUGUUACUGAUUAUAAAUUAAAAAAAAAAAAAAACAAAUUGCAAUACAACAUUGAAAAAUUGAAGAAGGAAAAUGUGUAAUUUUCCAUUUUUGUAUUCCAGUUUAUCUGCAAAAAACAGUAUGAAAUAAAAUUACAUUUCACGCUCCUCUUAUACAUACCCUUUGUUCAAAAGUUUUAGAUAAGAAUGUAUACAUAUGUAUAACUUUUUAUUUUCUAUAUCAACGCGCGUGAGUUCAUAAAAAUUGUAAAAAAUAUUCUAUUCAAUUCAUCGUAUCAGCCAGCAGUCGAAUAAAUAAAGAAAAUUGUGCGGAAAGUUCACUAACAAAAAAGAAAAGUCACCAACAAGAAGAGCAACAGCUGAGUAAAUUGGUUUUCUCGUUUUGCCAGCUAGAUCACUUAUUUUUUUUCCAAAUUUAUUGUUCUUAAGUGUUCCACUACCAAUAUCCAAUUCCAUUAUUCGGAGACGGUGUCUAUCUUAAAAAGCAUCAACAUCAUUUUCACAAAUUCAAUAGUGUAUUGAAGUGGCCAAAAAAAAAACCACUAUAAAUACAUUAAACAGCCUCACAGACCCAUUCUUUAUUUAAAACGGUAGACGGUCACCGUUAUGGCGUUAGUAGACAAUUAAAAAGGAUCAAAAUCUAUCCUAAAUUUGGUUGGCUUAAGCGAAUGGCUGUCAAAACAUAUUGUUGAUGUUGUGACAAACCAUAUUCAUUUACAACAAAAAUAUAUUACUUUACCAAAGUAUCGUCGUUUCGUGCUUAAAUUUUAAAUAUAUUACUUUACCAAAGUAUCAUCGUUCGAGCCUGAAUUUUAACUAGUAACUCACUUUCAAAUUUGUGCCUGCAUAAAAUUUUGUCAUCAAUGUCGUUCAAAAGAAAAUAUUUCCGUGUUAAGUGACAGUCUCAAAGCAUUGAACUACCAAAUGUGAUCUUAUUUAAGUACAAAAUAGUGUAGGAUAAAGAUUAAAAUUUUCAAAAAAAAAAGAAUAUAAAAAUACAAAUUUAGCAAAUAGAAGAAACCAAAAAAUUCAUUUUAAUGGCAACCAAUUAUGAGGUAACUGACUCCCUGAAACAGGGAAACUUAUCUUCAACGCCAAUCGAGAAAUCUCGAGGAAACGAAUCUGAUAAAAGAUCACAGGAAUUAGGACAGGCACCGUUGGCUAUUGCGGAAGACGUCUUUGAAAACCUAUUCGAAGACGAUUUAGAAAAAGAUGGCUAUGAAUCGGAUUCGGAAAGUGGCUGUGAAGAACCAUCGACAAGUAAGGUCUCUGCUCUUUCUGUUGUUUGCUUCCCACAAUACAAUCGGUCCAAUUCCAUCGAAUACGUGACUAGUAGUGACAGUGACGUUGAAGAUGAACUUGUUUCGGCGACUAACUUGUCGCCAAAUUUGAUGCCAAUGGAUUCUAGCAAUAAUGAGCCCCUUGCAAUACGGCCUUUCCUCUUGCCUUUCACAGAAAGGCGCCGGUUGUCUCAGUGUAAGGAGGAGGAUGAAGAGGAUGGAGAAAAAUUGACACUUAAUGAAAAGUUGAAAAUAGAGAAAACCUUUUUGCCAACGCCACCCCCUCCACCACCACUACCGCACAGAGACAAUGGAGAUGCUGAAAAAUUCCGUGAAUUGGAACGCCUUCGCCAACAGUUUAUGCAAAAAAUUGACAUAAUCAACACCAGCAAUAUUCAAGCUAUAAUAGAUGUUAUGGAUAGACGAUCUCCGACGCCACCCCCACCACCUCCGCCAAUACCGACAAUCUUACCACCCGAGGUUAUGGCACAACUAUUGCCAUCUAAAGAGGAAACCGAGAAACCAAUUGAAGACCUUCUUAUUGAUUUAAAAAUCAAUGAAGAAGAAACAGCUCCUAAGCCCCCAAGCCCUGAGAAGAAAAUUUACCGAGGAAAAUUCACUGUAACCAAAACUCUUGAAAAUCAAGAUGCCAUUAGGCUUAAACCAGAAGCUGUACAGUUAAAGAACAUGGAUUCGAAGUCAAAUGCACACACAAUAAGUUUUCCAUGUACAUCAGGGGGGUAUUCCUCCGUGCAAACCCUAUUUGGUCAAAUAAAUUCAGGCAGAUUUCCUCACAUGGAUAAGAAAUUCUUCGAUACAUCGCUUGUUGAAAUUCGUUCCCCAGUGAUAAGUAGUAGCUCGCUGGAGAACUGUGAUACUAGUUGUAUAAAUUCGGCUGAAGGUUUCAUUAAUCAUCUUGAUGAUGUUUGGAUUAAAAGGCCAUUGUCACCUCAAUCUAAUAAAGACGAUACAACACAGGCCCCAUCAGAAGAGGAUGAACAUGAUGGAAAAACCCCCGGAGGAUCAAGGCCAGCUAGUGCUCCCGCGGAACCGAGUUCCAAGGAAGCCCGCAGAACUGCAAAAAAAAUGGAAAAAGAGGCGAGACGCCAAGAGAAAGAACUCCGUCGUAAUGAAAAAGAAGUACGCAAGAUUGAACGUGAAACCGCACGACGUUUGGAACGGGAAGCAGCCAAACUCGAAAAGUUCAACCGUAACCAGGAGAAAAUGUCACGUAGCACGGAACGAGUAGCACCCCGAUCGGGAUCAUUAGAGCGAAGGAGAAGUGGUGAGGAUUCCCCUGUAUUAAACCAGUCGACGGUGCACGGGAUUGCAAGUCCUAAUCGUCGACCAACUAUAUUCGACGUAUUCAGACCACGUGGAAGGUCAGAAUCUAAAAAAGUAAAAGAUGUAACACUGACUGCUCCAUCGUCUACGGCAGGAAGUAAACCAGUAAGUGGCUCAGAACGUGACAACAGUAGUACCGGGAGCAAUCAUAGUGGCUCUGGACCAGGUGGAGGUAUUAUGGCAACAAUGAAGACAGCAAUGCAAAACACUGGAUUAAUUGGACACAGGCAUCCACCUCCAACGCCUAAAUUGAAGGAUGGCUCAGCGCACCCACAUCAAGGCAGCGAUGCACAGUACUACCAUACAGUAACAGCAGUGCGUCGAGUUGACGUUACACGGUCACCAAUGACAAAGGUGAUGGAUUUGUUCAGGCAUCGAUCUAAUUCAGCUGUAUCGGAAGCCGACAAACGCAAAGCGCGAGCUGCUGCGCAUCAACAACAACUUGCCGUUCAAAGUGCUCAUAUGAGACGUGCCUCUGCUGAUUUAGAAAAACGACGUGCAUCGCUUGGGGCAAGUCGUGGCUUGAGGGGCGACGGUACUUUGGAUCCAUAUCAUGCAGCCAUUUUGUUCAGAGAUUCAAGGGGGUUACCCGUUGCCGAUCCGUUUCUAGAGAAGGUUAAUUUAUGUGAUCUUGAAGAAGACGAAUCACAAAUAUUUGUAAAAUUUUUUCGUUUCCAUAAGUGCUAUGAUUUGAUACCAACUUCGGCUAAAUUAGUUGUAUUCGACACACAAUUGUUAGUGAAGAAAGCAUUUUAUGCGCUCGUUUACAACGGUGUCAGAGCUGCUCCGCUAUGGGAUUCACAAAAGCAACAGUUUGUGGGGAUGUUGACUAUAACCGAUUUCAUCAAAAUCUUACAAAUGUACUACACUUCACCAAAUUCAUCGAUGGAUCAAUUGGAAGAGCACAAGUUAGAUACUUGGAGAAGUGUUCUUUUAAACCAAGUGAUGCCUUUAGUUAGUAUUGGACCUGAUGCAUCUUUGUAUGAAGCUAUAAAAAUUUUAAUACACAAUAGAAUUCAUCGACUACCAGUUAUUGAUCCAAUGACGGGAAAUGUUUUGUACAUACUAACACAUAAGAGAAUCCUCAGGUUCCUGUUUUUAUAUAUAAAUGAAUUACCAAAGCCGUCAUAUAUGCAAAAAAGAUUGAAAGAUCUAAAAAUUGGCACAUAUGAUAAUAUUGAGACUGCUGAUGAAAAUACAAGUAUAAUUAUGGCCUUAAAAAAAUUUGUUGAAAGGAGAGUAUCAGCGUUGCCAUUAGUGGACGCUGAAGGAAAACUGGUUGAUAUUUAUGCAAAGUUUGAUGUAAUUAACUUAGCAGCUGAGAAAACCUAUAAUGAUCUAGAUGUAUCCCUUCGCAAAGCAAAUGAGCACCGCAACGAGUGGUUUGAAGGAGUUCAAAAAUGCAAUCUCGAUGAGACACUCUAUACAGUCAUGGAGCGUAUUGUUCGAGCCGAAGUUCAUCGACUGGUUGUCACCGAUGAUAGUCAGAAAGUCAUAGGAAUUAUUUCCUUAUCAGAUAUUUUGCUCUAUUUAGUGUUACGACCUAGUGGUGAUGGUAUCGGUGGGUCAGAACAGUCUCUUCGAGCAUCCGAUCCAGUCUCACUGAGUAAACCAUCUGAAGAAGAAACAACUUUUGAUAAAUCCAACUCCGGCUCUGGAAGCCAUUCUUUUAUAGAAGAUAUUGUAGAGGAAGAAGUUUUUGAUAACAGCCAACACGAUAAUAAUGUAAAUAACAACAACGAAAUUGAAAAAACAAUUGAUGGUAAUCCUGAUCCUGAUACUGAUGUGGAAGUACAAACAUAUAAUGAGAAUUCCAAAAAUAAACGUCUUAUUGAAGAUGGAUUGGACGAUGAUGUGGUUAUUAAAGUAGAUACAAGAAAAACAUCUUCAGAGCCUUUGUCAUGUGAUGAAAAUGAGUCAAACUUGAAUGAAGCUAUGCUUAAAAAUGCUGUUAAUACAGCGGUGGAAGUAGUAAUUUUGAGCGAAUAAAAGUAAAGUUAUGUUUUUCAAA